AUGCCUGUGUUUAAUCUGACGAUCAGAGCCCACGAUCACGGCAUCCCAUACCGAUCCACAUCUGUUCCCGUUUACAUACAUAAUCCCGAUUUCCUCAACAGAACCGUUGUCUUCAAGAUUGGAGACAAAGAGGAAAACGUGAUUAAACGCAAACUUGCGAUCGAAAGGGGUAUGGUUGAUUUAAGUGGCGCCCAAGUUCAUAUUUAUCAGAUUAGCCAAAAGGACAAACAAAAAGACGUGACAGACAUAAUGGCGUGGAUGGCAUACCCCUCACAAUCGGAAGUCAAUUUGGAUAAAACGCCCGCAAUAUUGAGUCAAAUCAUGGGAAAGGACUUCAACUCCGGAGAAACUGCCAACAAAUUUAUGACAACACAAAUCGCUGGCAACGAUUUCCGGCUACUUAUUUGGCUCCUUAUUAUAUUGAUUGCCGGAACUCUUGUCUUUUUAAUUAUAUUCUUGAUUUGUUGGUUCUGUUGCUGUCGAGACAGAUAUCGCCGCCAAAAACUGGACGAUUCGGAGAAAACUACUUAUUUGAAGACAUCGACCAAUGGUUCAGUUAUGAGACAUAAAGACAACAAAUCUAUUAAUGAAAGAUAUGAUAAAUCCAAUUAUCACAAGAGAUCCAACCAUUCGGUUCAGGCCUGGAAUGAAGGCGUUGGCGACCGAACGCAUUUGUCGAGUGGUUACAGACCUUCUUCUGCGCCAAACAACGACCAAAACCAUUACAUGCAAAGUGUGAGAGCAAACAGUUCCCAAUCAUAUCCCGAUCAGUAUUUGGCACAAAAUCCAUCACUUUAUCAACGAGUUUAUAAACUCAAUCGCAAUCAACGGACAAGAGUUGGUCCACAAUAUUAUGAUUCUUACGACGAAAAGGAUUACAGAAACGGAUUUCUAACCCAUCGACCAAACAAUCAAACGAUGCGAACAUUUAAAGGCGUCGAUAAUAUGGGAUAUUUGCGCACAACUAAUGAGCCCUACGUUAUCGACGAUUUCAACGAACACAACGCUGUGGUAGUGAACAGAUCCAGUCGUCCAACAGUACAUCCAUUACAUCCAUAUAAUGACAAUUUGGUCGCAUUCCCGAAACGCACGGAAAUUCUUUACAUUCAAAGCCCAACAAAAGGACGACCACAAGAGGAGGUGUUGAGAAGUAUCAGUCAAAACGAUGUGCCAUAUAAUGAAGACCAGGAUUUCGAGUCAGAUGUGUCUCAAACCGGUAAAGAAGGCGAAUUGAGAGUGAAAUUCGCGUCGAAGUCGAAACAGAGACACAUUUAUUUCAAUGACCAAAACAUGACAAUUCCAGAAGAAGUUGUUGUCGUCCCGGGAAUGAUGCCCAACAGUAUCGCUCAUAAUCAGCCCAUCUCUGGGACAUCUGCUUCUUAUGCUCAGAAUGACGACACAUCCAAAUCAAGUCAAAGAGUUUUGGUGAUCGACGACCAAAGGAGAGAAGGAUUAGACGCCAGGCUUGAAAAUGAGAGACUAUUGGGCGACACAAAUGUGUUGCAACCCAUUAAUGAAAGCAAUGAAAAUCUAAAUGAAAUUAUGAAUUAUAGUCCAUAUAAUGACGACAGCAUUCAUAUAACUUCUGUGAAAGGAGUUCCCGUCAGUAUUGAGUUAAAAGAGAGUAAAAACGGCACAAAUACCGAAACGACAAAAGAGUCGACAGAAAACACAAAUAAAAGACACAAAAAGAGUCGAAAGAAAGUAUUGACAAAAGAAAAUAGUUUUGAAACAUCGGAAAAGUCAUACGAUUCUGAUUCAGGAAUCGGUAAAACCAUUGCUAACGCGAACAUUGAUUUAGAUAUGAAAAACAGCGAUCUUAUGGAGAAGAAGAGCAUAUUUACGAUUGCAUACAAUGACGUCAAGACAAGGCAUUUACAAUCGGCUGAAUCUAACUUUGAAUAA